CACAACGUGCAGCACAGUUUCACAGUUGCGACUGAAGCAUGCGACUACAUUUUCCGGAUGUUUUCAUCGCGGGCGGUAGUGAUCACCAAUAGCAGCUGACACUAGUCAGGAGGUGAAAGGAAAUUUUACAGUCUGAGGUCGUUAAGUAGCGGAACGAACAGUAGCAUCAUGGCGGAGCUCAGCGAAUCUCCGGUUCAGAUCCAAAAUCCGCAACCAGUGCCCACAACGAGUUGGCCGAUUACCAGAGAGUCAUACCAACUCCAGGAGGUUAUCGGUAGCGGGGCGACGGCGGUGGUGCAGGCCGCUCUCUGCAAUCCGCGACAGGAGCGCGUGGCCAUAAAGAGGAUCAACCUGGAGAAAUGCCAGACCAGUAUGGACGAGCUGCUGAAAGAGAUUCAAGCAAUGAGCCAAUGCAGUCAUCCAAAUGUGGUGUCUUACUACACGUCCUUCGUUGUCAAAGAUGAACUUUGGUUGGUCAUGAAACUUCUAAGUGGAGGAUCAAUGCUGGACAUUAUAAAGCACACAUUCAGUCGAGGAGAGCACAAGAAUGGGGUUCUAGAGGAGGCCAUAAUAGCCACCAUUUUAAAAGAGGUGCUGGAAGGGUUAGACUACUUGCACAAGAAUGGACAGAUCCACAGGGACGUGAAGGCGGGAAACAUUCUGCUGGGGGAGGACGGAUCCAUUCAGAUCGCAGAUUUUGGAGUUAGCUCCUUCUUAGCCACUGGAGGAGAUGUCACCAGGAACAAAGUGAGGAAGACCUUUGUGGGGACGCCAUGUUGGAUGGCCCCUGAGGUGAUGGAGCAGGUACGAGGCUACGACUUCAAAGCGGACAUCUGGAGCUUCGGGAUCACGGCCAUAGAGCUGGCGACGGGGUCGGCGCCCUACCACAGAUACCCACCCAUGAAGGUUCUAAUGCUAACCUUGCAGAACGAUCCGCCUACGCUCGAAACCGGAGUGGAGGACAAAGAUAUGGUGAAAAAGUACGGGAAGUCUUUUCGAAAAUUAAUAACCCUGUGCCUUCAAAAAGACCCCACUAAGAGGCCCACAGCAGCAGAACUUCUGAAAUCUAAAUUUUUCCAAAAGGCCAAGACCAGGGAAUAUCUGAUUGAAAAGCUUCUGAAUAAAGCACCUACCAUCACCCAAAGAGCUAAAAGGGUGAGGAGGGUCCCCGGGUCCAGCGGACACCUGCACAAAACGGAGGACGGGGACUGGGAGUGGAGCGACGACGAGCUGGACGAGAGGAGCGAGGAGGGCAAGGCCGCGGCCAGUCAGGACAGGUCACGGAGGGUCAGACACGGAAGCGGAGAUAACAAAGCCAACGGCAGCAGCAUUCCCAUCGAAGGGCUCUCCAUCCAGCACCCGCAGGUUCAACCUUUCGAGCACGUACCGUAUGUUCAAGGACCAAGCGCUGUGAAUAUGGUCCUACGGCUGAGGAACACCAGAAAGGAGCUGAAUGACAUACGAUUCGAGUUUACUCCAGGUCGCGACACUGCUGAUGGAGUUUCCCAGGAGCUCUUCUCUGCCGGAUUGGUCAACGGACAUGAUGUCAUCGUCGUCGCUGCUAACCUCCAAAAGAUCGUUGAUGAUCCAAUUACCUACAAAGUGUUGACCUUUAAGCUGGCUUCAGGCUGUGACGCCACGGAGAUCCCGGACGAGGUGAAGCUGAUCGGAUUCGCCCAGCUGAGCGUCUGCUGAUCCCUGGGCUGCUCACCUGAGCUCACCUGGUCCGAGCAGGUGAACGGGAAAGGGCCGGCGACGGAGCGACCAGCUGAGUGCGAGAGAGAGAGAAAAAGAGUCAGAAAGAGGCACCUCAACCCCCCCCCCCCGCAAAAAAACCCCCCAAAAUAAACUCUUCUCCGCCCUCCUACUCCGUCCCUGCUACUGACCGGAGCAGUAGGCCAGCGUUGGCAGAGCUCAGCUAAAGCUAUGCUAGCCCCUCCCGCCAUUCCACUCUCACCUGCCCUACCUGCAGCCUCCAUUCCAUUAACUACUCCCAGCACAAGGAACAGGUUUCACAAAAAGGAAACUUAAGGAUUUUCUCAGGUGGUUAAAAAAAAUUCAUGCGAGUUGCUUAACUUUUUAUUUUUUAAACAAACCGUGUUACCUCCGUUUUAAGCAUAGCUCGUCGUAUUAUUAUUAUUAUUAUUAUUAUUAAACCGAGGUUGCCUUUGUAGUUUUAUUUUCCUUCCCUUUUGUUUUCAUGAACAACAUUUCCUUCUUUGACUUGCAUAUUACAGACCACACGGACCUAGCAGCUGGCAGCGAAAUUAAUCAGGCUCAAUUACAGUCCUUGUUCAGAAGACUUAAUAACGUAAAGCACAUUUUCAGAAUUGCGUUGCUAUGAGUAUUGUUAGCGAACGAAUGAACUGCCCUGCGUUUGGAAUAACAGAGUGCAAAGCUAGGAACAGUAAAUGAUAGGAGGGAAAAGGCGAUCUCAAUACCGCGGAAUGUAACCGGCUGAUUUUUUUCAGCAGUCAGUGUUGAUGCCGAGGGGUACGAGAACUCUGGAGGUGCCUUGUUCCUUAAAACGUGCCUGAGACUCUGGGCACCGGAUCGCGAGGAUUGUCCAAGCCUGUAACGGUGACAGAGGUCAGCAACACAGUUAGCGGAUACUGCGCUCCUGCGGAGACACGGCAGAAGGACAGUGUUUUGUGGCAAACACGGCUAAAAUGCACUUUUGGGUACGGCAUACGCACCUGACACGCCGAUGCUUAACCCUGGGAGACUCACCAUUUCAACAGAAUUCAAAACACGAUCCUUGUCAUCGCCGGUGACAAGGUUCAUAGCGACCGUUAAACGCAGAACGAGGAGACCCACUCUCCCGUAAAUGUAUUCCACAGACACCACAUGGUUGUUAGCAAUGAGAACACAACUAGAUUUGUCUAAAUGCACAACAGAUAUUGAGAAUUUCUCCCCAAAAAUACCUCCGAGAAAUGUAAUAUAUAGCCAUGUAUCUGCAAAUAAAACCAAAAAGGUAACUACUGAAAGGCGAGCUCUUUGUCCGAAAACACAGUAGCCCUAAAUUAUUUUUGAAACCACUGAUAUGUAAUAUUAAUUGUACUAAAUCAUUUGGAAUAGCAGACAGAGGUAUUGUGUUUUCAAAUACAGAAUGUGUACCAUCUCUGCAUAUUAACCCUGUUCCCUUUCUGUAAGCAGCUAAUUUCAUGUCGGCUAAAUAGCAACAAAUAAAGAAUUGCUGUUUGAAAACCC